AUGUCAAGACCUACAUUCGACAAUGAACUUGAUUUCCUCGAUAAUGAUGAUACUAUAUCUAGGAAAACAUCCAGUCCUUUCUUAAAUAAUUCAUCAUCAUCAUCGUCAUCAUCUUCAUCAUCUUCAUCAUCUUCAUCAUCAUCCAACUUGAAAAAAAAGUUAAACCAACUCUACCUCACAAUAGAAAGAUAUACUCUUUCCACUUUAAGGAAACUAUUAUUCUUUUUCAGGAAAAAUCCAUUAUUGAAAUUCAUCAUAUUAGUCAUCACAUUAAUCAUAAUCAUAAGUGUCACACAUCCAAAGGGUAAGAAAUCAAUUCAAAAAGUUGGAUAUCAAUAUUAUAAUACCAUAUAUGGCUCUAAAGAAGUCUCUAGAAAGGAAGAUUUAUUAAAUAUUGAUGUUACACAAAAAUUAAGAUUUAAAAAUUGGGAAAAUUCUCCAAUUACUCAUCAAAUGAGACAUCAAGAUUAUAUAGAAGAUGAAUUAAUUGGUUAUGUAUCUAAUUUAGAUUUGAAAAAACUGAAUAUUGAGAAAGAUAACGACGAUAAUGAUAAUAAUGGUCAUGGUCAUGGUUCUAAAAAAUUAGAAAAUGAAUUUCAUAAGGAUUAUGAUACUUUAGUGAAAUGUGAAGAUUUACAAUAUACGAAUAUUAUUGAACAUUCAAGAUGGAAUAAAAUUUUAGAAGAUGAUUUAAUGGAAUUAAGACGUGAUUUAAGGAAAAAUGAUAAAUUCCUUGGUAAAGAAUUAAGUUCAGAUAAUGAAAAGGAUUGGUCAGAGGAGAAAAUUAUUAAUGAACAUUGGAUGAGAUUUGGUGGAUCUUCAGUUUGGUUAGAAAGGGAACAAUGUCAUGUUAUGUUUUCAAGAAUAGUUUAUACUCGUAAUGGUGUUAGAGAUCAUCCUCAUGUUUCCAUGAUUAGAGCUCAAGCUUUUGAUAAAGAUUGGAAUGAAUUGAUUGGUAAAAGAAUCCCAUAUAAUGAUUUAAUUCCCCACAAAGAUAUUGAAUUAGAAAUACAAAAACUAGAUGAAGAAUUAGGUAUGCAUUCAUGUGAUCAUUUGAAGAAAGAUAAAACAUUAUAUGAAACAUGUGUUGUAGAUAAUACGAGACGUGAAAUGGAGGCUAAAAAGAGGAAAGAAGAAAUCUUAUCACAAUAUUUUAUAACAUAUCCAACUGUAUUAGAUAUUAAAUAUAACACGAAUGGUGAUUGGAAAGGUCCAGAAGAUCCUCAUGUAAUUUUAAGAAAAACUGACAAUAUGGAAGAACCAUUGGUCAUUUUCAAUAUGGAAGAUGAUGAAGAAGAAAAGAGAAGAGUAUUUUCAUUCAUGCCACAUAGAAGAAACACACCAUUAAUUAAAUUUACAUUACCAGAUGCAUCACGUAAAUUUAAAGAAAAAGAGAAGAAUUGGGCACCAUUUUUCCAUCAAACUUCUUCAGAAAGUGCAUUUUCAAGAGGUAUAAUUUAUUUCAUUUAUUCAUUUUCACCAUUAGAAAUUUUAAAAUGUUCAUUAAAUGAUGGUAUUUGUGAGAUGGUUUUUGAAGCCAAGACUUUAGAUCUUUCUGAUGAUAAUAAAUUCGGUGGUAUGAGAGGUGGUACACAAUUUGUUCCCCUACCAGAAUUAUUACCACAUGUUAAAGGUAAACAAAUAUGGGUUGGUUUCCCCAAGUUACAUAUUGAACAUUGUGGUUGUGGUGAAAGAUUUUAUAGACCAAUGUUAAGUUUACUUGUUGAAAGUAAUGGUGUUUAUCAUCAAGAAUUAGCAGUUCCUGAUAUUGAUUUUGAUAUGGAUGUGUUAUCAUGGGAUCAAAAGGGUACACAUUGUGGACAACAUAAUGUUUUAAGUCCAAAUUCCAUUGAUUCAUGGGAAGUUGCUAGUCAAACUUCACAUCCGAAGAGGUUUGAAGAUUAUAUGACUUUAACGUUUAGUGAAGCAGAUGCUAAUACAAGGGUUAUUAUACUAAGAGGAAUUUUGAAUUAUAUUUUAAACAUGUAUAAAGAAAAGGAUAUGAUGGAAAAUUUUGAAGUUAGUAAAAAAUCUUCUAUUAUUAUUGGACAAACUCUAAAAUGUGUUGUUAAACAAUCGAAGGAAGAUUGUAAAGUAUAUGGUGAUGCUCAUCCUGAACCAAAGGAAAAUUAG